AUGCUUUCACCAGGCAACAGCAACACGGAUAUACGUAAGUCGCCGACACUUCUCUCAGCGACUUCCAGUGCUAAAUUACCGGGAGGAGGUGCAAGGGGAGCCAAGCCCGUUAGAAUGGCAUCCCGAAUGCUAAUCUCUCAAAAAACUACAACAAAUUUACAUAAUGAGACGGCUCAAUCUGUGUCAUCGGAUAAGGCUUCUCAAAAUCAAAGCAUUACAACGAGCACAAUGGGAGAAGAAACAAGAAAAAUUAUCGACAUGCUUCGCAAAGAAAUUGAUUCGCUCAAAUAUGAAUUAACAAAUUCUGAAACUGAAAAAGAGACAUAUGUAUUUCAGAUUGGAGAAAUCAAAAAGAAAAAUAGAAGAGAUUUGGAGAGGCUAGAGCAAGAACUUCAAGAAAGAAAGGAAAAGCAACUAAGUAUGGAAGAAAAAUUGUCACGAGUUGAACAAAUAGAGGAUGCAAUUAUUAAAUUGUAUCUUGAAUUGAAAGAUAGAAGCUACGAGGUUGUAGGAAACGCAGAAGACAUUAAAGAAAUCGAGAUUAGAGAAAAGGAGGAGCUUAAAAAAGAGAAUCCCUUGGUCAUAUUGGAUCGAUUGAAAGCAAAUCUUCGAACAUUACUCGUUUUUAAAGACGACUAUGAGAACGAGCUUAAAGAUCAAAUAAGACGCAGGAAAACUGAAGCUGAAUAUAAAGUGGAAGAACUAAAGAUCAAAAUUGAACAGCUCGAGAAAGAAAAAGAAGAAUACAAACAAGCUGCAAUUCAGGCCAUUGAGCUCAAAGAUGAAGCUGAACGAAAUCAAAAUGAACAAUCAGAAGUCUUUUCAGAAGAAAUUAAUAACAUUAAGAACGAAAAUGCCCUGCUUGCUAAUAUGAUUGCAAAAAAAGAGCAAGAUAUCGACAAGCUACACGAAAUGAUCGACAGAAGAGAUUCUAUUCUACGUCAUAGAGAGGUGCAAAUGAUGAAAAUAACACAGCUAGAGAGCAAAAUUAAAAACGAUAAAACGAAGCAUCAAUUCGAUAUCAACAGAGAGAAAUCAGAAAAGUAUCAAGUUUUGAAAAAGUAUGAAAAUGAUAUUAACUUUUUUCAAAAGAUGGAGAAUGAGAAGAAAGAAAUGGAAAAUGAGUUGAAAAGAAUGAAAGACGAGGUGAGGUCUCUGAAAACCAACGCUAGUCGAGAAAAGGUUCAAGAAUUAACAGAAAUCAAUCAAAAGCUACAAGAAAGGGUUAACUCGCUUUCAGAAGAGCUGAAGAAGUAUCAAAGCGAAUCAAGGACUUUAAAAAUUCAAGUAUCCAACCUAAGGAGAUCCCAAGUUGAAAUGAAGCAGCAAUAUUUGGCCAUUUUCAACGCAAAUAUUGAAGAAAAGAAGAAACGAAAAAUUCAAGAAGAAGCAAAUAUGAGAGAACAAAUCGAAAAGCACUUCCAUGAUAAUGCCGAAAGAAAUCCUCAAUUAGCUUCAUAUUACAAGAAAAAACUGAAAGAAAAAGAGCGAGAAGUUGAAGAGUUGAACAAGAGGCUGAAGAGAAUGAUUCUCCAUCAGAAUAGAGAGUCACAAGCUGAAAAGAAUUUCCUUCAAGAAAAAACUCAGCUUAUUGGAGAGCUGACUCAAUUAAGGCGUCAACUUCCAACAAUAAUUCCAAACGACGAUCUUUCCCACCCCUCCAGCCAAGCAGCUUUGCAGCAACGAAAUUUAUAUCUCGAAGAAAAACUUCGUGACUAUGAAAAUCUGCAAGUACUAUCCAAAUCUCAAACGAUUGCCUAUGAGAAGCUACUUUCAAAAAACAACACCUCAAUGGAUGGUGAUAGGUCAUUUACAGAAUCAUCAACAACAGACCUACAAGCAUCGCCCGUAAACUCAUUGCUACCCACCUCAGAGUAUACUUCUAACAGGCCUUUUUCAGCAACAUACGGAUCAAAGAAGAAAGGAGUUGCCCCAUUGCCUCCCGGAUCGAGACCAUUGUCAGCUGGGCCUCGAAGACCAGUCAGCGCAAGAGUUGGCACGUCUAAAAAGGCUCUUAGCACGCUUGGAAAUUUGAUAAACUGA